CCCAUGUCUGCUUAACUUCCUCGAACAACCGAAUCCUGGAUAAACUCGCCAUUUGAACCCAGACACUCCCCUCCUAUCUCCCGCACUUAAUUCCCGCAAUGGCCGACUCCAAUGAAUCUCGACCGGUCACGCGGUCUACUAAACCCGUCAGCGAGGCUCUGCUGAAUGAGAAGUGGGAUCGCGCCAUUUCGUCUAUGAUCAUUCGUUCCGGUCUCGGUCUCUCCUUUGGUAUUGUAUUCUCCGUGUUGUUGUUUAAGAGGAGGGCUUGGCCUGCGUGGGUUGGAUUGGGCUUUGGAGCUGGACGUGCAUGGGAAGAGGCUGACGCUUCCUUCCGUCGGGGUGAUAAGCCGGUUACAAACGCUCUGUCUCGCUGGUAGAUAGAAUACAGACACAUUCUCUUUGCGUGUACGAUAGUCUGUACAGGAGAUGGGAUAUAGCAAGUUAGCUUGCAA